AUGGAUACGGGCGUCGUCGCAGGAAUGCUAGUCGCGAUUAAAUCCGACCUCGGGCACGACCUCUCAUCCGGCGAGCAAGAGCUUAUCGUCAGCGGAACAACAGUAGUAGCAAUCAUCGGCAGUCUGUCCACAGGGAAGCUUUCGAUGCUCUCGGGCGGAGUUCAACCAUGA